AUCUUUUGGGCAAAUAAUGUUGAGCAUAAGCGAUGAUAAUACUCGUCCCAUUGACGGAUACACAAAGAACGGCUUGCAACUCGUUAAAAUGGGAGACGAAACAAUUACACCCACAACAAAUGGAGCAUGUUGUGAACCUGUAGCUACAGAUCAGCGUAUGCGUAGCAAUAAUUCGUUCCCAGAAACGUGGCAAGCGUUGAGACAGCAUCGUAUUCCUUGGCUCUGA